AUGGAUAAAGAUACAGGGGAUAAGGAGACCGCCCCCGAGACCAGCGCCUCGGCAGCGGCUGGAUGGAGCGACAAGCUGGCGGAUCUGGUCGCCUGGUUCGAGGCCAAUCCCAAUCUGCCCGAGAAGAUCGAACCCAUAGUUAUGCUACGAUUCCUCAAGUGCACGGCUUUUGAUGUGGAACGCACCAAGGCCCUGGUGGAGCUAAAUUAUAGUAUGCGCAAUAAGAGCCCACAUCUGUUCAUAGAUCGCAACAUGGAGGACGAGAUGACCGCCAAGGGCCUGAGGGUUUCGGACCUUCUGGUAUUACCCGGAGUCACUCCCCAGGGAAAUAAGCUCAUCUUUUUCCGCAUGGCCGACCUGGAUCCAAGUACGCGGAAUUCUGUCGAGGAGACAAAAAUCUUCGUCAUGAUGAGUGAUGCGCGAUUCACGAAGCCGGAUGUGGAGAAAGAAACAGGAAGCGGAGCAGAUUACGUACUAGACGAAGCGGACAUCGCCGAGGGCGAUGUUCAGAUUGUGGACAUUGGGGGCUACACCCUGCGCCACCUGGCCUACGUGUCCAUAUUCGUAUUGCGUGUUUACAUGAAGUUUCUGCAGGAAGCCUAUCCCUCGCGACUCCAGGCCAUGCACGUCAUUAACUGCCCCACUUACCUGGACAAGCUCAUCUCCAUGAUGUCGCCCUUUCUAAGGGAGGAAGUCCGCAACAUGAUCCGGUACCACACAGAGGGUCUGGAUAGCCUCUACAAGGAAGUGCCCAGGGACAUGUUGCCGGACGAGUACGGCGGCAAGGCGGGAACUGUAGCGGAACUCAAGGCGAGAGGCAUCCAGUCCAUCAGGGACAACGCGGCUUACCUCAGCGACGAGCGGUACUGGAAGGUGGCCGCUCAGAGCAAGAGUCGGUGGUCCUGGUUCUGAUAUCCUGAUCAUCCAAUGUGAUAUAUACAUAUUUUUAAAUGUGAUCAAGCAGCGCGUCUUGCCAAAGUGAAGAUACCGAUUAAUUGGGGAAGUCCCACAAACACUUACAGGUUCUAGAGCUCAGUGAAGCUGGCCCUCCAUUAUGAAUUCUUAUUUUCAUAUUUUAUUAUUUUUUUUUUACCAAUUUCUCUAUUAUCAAAUAAGGUGCUAUUGUCGAUUGAUUGACAGCAAUGGGAACAAUAUACUUGACAAAGUAAUAAAUUAUAUUAAUUAUA